AUGUCCAAUCAAUCAUACUAUAACCAGGGCCCACAAUACCCUCAACAGUCAUAUGGAGGCGGAUACCCUCCUCAAGGGCCACCUGGAGGCCAAUAUUACCAACAAGGUCCCCCCAUGCAGUAUCAACAAGGCCCCCCUCAACAGGUCAUUGUGAGGGAGAAGAAGGAUCGAGGAUGCCUAGCUGCCUGGUAA